AUGAGACCCGAGAAGAUAAAACAGAUUAUUAACGCAUCCGAUUUCCUCACAGAGUUCGAGCUGAUCCUGAACGCCGAUCAAAACAUUUACGGAAAUGCUGAAGAAAGGAAACGACAAUUCAAUCGAGUAAAAUUAGUGAUUGAUCUGCGUAUGAGACAAUGCCUUUCCAUGUAUGAUCGUAUGAGAAGAAAUAUUGAGUGGAGAUUAAAAAUAUAUAAGUAUCCAUCGCCAAAGAUAGUUUUUGAAAUUACACAUUCUCAGGCCGAAAGGAUUUUUGAACCUGCCCGGUUCUUACAACGACAAUCGGCUCUAUGUAUCGUUUUCAGAGGACGUGUCCGGGGUGACUUCGGAGGAGUGGGAUGGGAUCAGCGCAAUGAUUUUCUCUAUUCGGGUUAUACAGAGGAAGUUGAUGGAAAUGGAUCAAACUUAAGCCUGCACCAGGAAAAAUCGAGAGUGAUCGAGUUCAAUGAUAGAUCUGUUUAG